ACGCCGCACCCCUCGCAAAAUUGAUACGCGCUGCUUCUGGGCAAGCGCAUAAGUUAAUCUGAUACGCCCAGUCUGACUGCACGAGCUUUGAUAGCUUUUGCGCGUCAUGGCACUGCUGCAGGUGCUCCUUGCCCUGGCUCUCCCAAAUGCCUUGUCUCUAAAAGCGCCAACGACGCAUGCUUGGGCGCCACAGGACCUCACAAAGGACCGUGCUGGCUUCGCACCGAUCCCGGAUAAUGACUACGUCAAGCAGUACGAACAUAACCAAGCGCUGUGGCCCGUCGAGUUCUUCGUGAUAGUCUACCGACGCAUACGCGAUGGCACGGCAGAAGUCUUGGUACGGCGCUCGGCCAACGGCACGAGUAAGUAUGGCGUGGGCACGGGCGCGCCGGCUACGCGGUGGAUCCUGUCGUCGCAGGAGGCGCCGGUCGGCUACGUCAAGAACGGAAUGAGUUUCGCCGCGAGCAACUUCCCCGAAUUUGAGGGAGACGUCGACUGGUCCUAUGACAAGAUUGACAUCCGCGAGGACGCGUUCGCCGGCGAAGAUCCCGAGCUGGAGGCGUUCGCCGGCGAAAUCCGAGAUGGUUUGAUAGAGCACCUCGCCGCGCGGGCGGGAAGCGACGCCUGGGAGGAGUCUACAUUGGCGGUGGUGCGGAGCGUCCUCGACAAGCCCAACUCCCUCGCGGCGAUCCAAGGCACGCUGCGCAUGAGCGGCGCCUUUGCACAGAAAGCGACACGAAAUGCCGCCGACCUCGCUAAGUCCGUGCGCAUCUACACGAUGUUUCCGCAGAUGCCGUCGCCGAUGCCGGCGCCCACCGCGACGCCCGAAGUACUACGGGAGGAGAUGGACACCCGAGCCGAGCGCAUGAGGCAGAGCGGUCGCGAUCCCCACGUCGACCAGCACGGACGAAUCUACACGCACAUCAGCACGCCAAAUGUCUCCAAUACGAUACACGGUGUCUAUUUGACGCUGGACGCGACUGGUCUUCUUGACGACAUCCCGCCCGCGCUGGACCUCUUCGGCACGAAGGAAGUUGAAAGGGAGUGGGUCUCCCUCCGAGACCUCGCGGUGGACGCCGCCGAGGACCCCAAGCCGACUUUUAUCUCCGGAUUCAUCGUCCGCCAGCUCGUCGCGGAGGGCGUCAUCGACGUGCGGUAGAGCGCUCGAACGCCAUCGACGCGACCACAAUAACACUGUUGUUUGUUGUACGAAC